CUCCGAGUUUGUCCUCUUCUCCUCAAUCAACGAUCUUUGCUCUAACCGGAAACAGCCGGGCUCUACUUCCGGUCCCCCUCCCUCAGUCAGCUGUCUCCGGUUGUUUGCAAACAGUCCGUCCGCCGGUCGGGUCCAUGGUCCCCGCCGCCUCCUCCCACCUCCUCCCACCUCCUCCAGCUCCUCUAACUCCUCCUCUGACUCCUCCACCAUGGGGGACAACGACCACAGCGACAUCAUAGAGCACCACGUGGAGGAGGAGAUGGAGAAGAGGGGCCCCCGGAGCACCGCAGCCUCCUCCUCCUUCCUGGAGUCCGUCACUCCGUCAGACCGGGACCGGGAGGCCCUCAGCGGGGCCCUCAGCGGGACCCACAGCGGGACCCACAGCGGGACCCAGUCCUCCACCAGGCUGCUGGCCUACAGCGACGCGCUCAUCUCCAUCAUAGCCACCGUCAUGAUUCUACCUGUUGCUCACACCAAGGUGGAGGACACGGAGGAGCUGAGAGAAAGUGUUCAGGUUCUUCUCACCAAAAAGAUCGCCGUUUAUUUAAUGACGUUCCUGAUUGUGUCUGUAGCCUGGGCCGCUCACAUCAGGUUAUUUCAAGUAAUUGUUCGCAUCGAUGACUGUCUCGCUCUGCUGAACCUCGCGUGUAUGAUGCUGAUCACUUUCCUCCCGUACACGUUCUCUCUGAUGGCGACCUUCCCUGAGAACAUUCUUGGGAUUUUACUCUUCUGUGGCUGUGUGAUGGUGAUGGGCGUCAUCCAGUGUGUGAUCGUGCUGUACGCCUUCAGCCGUCCCUUCCUGCUCAACGAUCAGAUCCAGAUCUCAGAGAACCAGACCUUCUACAAACAUCACAUCCUCAAAGUCAUCAUGAGGGUUCCCAUCAUGUGCUUCUUCGCCAGCAUCUUCUCCUUCAUCUUCUUCCAGCUGUCGUACGUCCUGCUGGCCAUCGUCAUCUUCCUGCCCUACAUCUCUCAGUCUCUGAAGUGGUGUCGCAGCAAAGCCAUCGGCCAGGUGGCGGAGUCUCCAGACGCCAUGUUGUUCUACAGCUACCUGCCCAACGAGCCGCUCAACAAGGACCGGGUCGAAGCGUUCAGCGACGGAGUUUACGCCAUCGUAGCGACGCUGCUCAUCCUCGACAUAUGCGAGGACAACGUCCCCGACCCGUCGGUGGUGAAGAACCAGUUUGGCGGCAGCCUGGUCUCGGCGCUGCAGGUCUACGGUCCCGAGUACCUGGCCUACUUCGGCUCCUUCGCCACGGUGGGGCUGCUGUGGUUCGUGCACCACUCGCUCUUCCUCCACGUGACGAAGACGACGCGCUCCAUGGGCCUCCUCAACACCUUCUCGCUGGCGUUCGUGGGCGGUUUGCCGCUGGCCUACCAGCUGACGCACGAGUUCCCGCGCAACUCCCGCAACGAGCUGGAGGCCAUCCAGAUCAGCUGCGUCAUCAUCUUCUUCGCCGGCAUCUUCCAGCUCGCCAUCUGGGUGGUGGCGCUGUACAACGAGCGGGAAACGCUGCACCCGUACGUGCGCUACGGCGGCCGCGAGCACGCCUUCAUGCUGGCCAAGCUGGCCCUGUACCCGUGCGUCGCUCUGGGGACCUUCUUCCUCACCUGCAUCCUGAGCCGCUUCAGCGCUCAGAUCUUCCACCUGAUGGAGAUCACGGUGCCCGUGGCGUUCCUGGUGCUGAGGCUGCUGGUCCGUGUCGGGCUGGCGCUGCUGCGCCUCCUUUUCUGUCCCGAGCGGCCGGAGCAGCGGGACCUCCUGGAGGAGGGCGAGGACGAGGCCAGGGUCCCCUUUAACCCGUUAGUUACAUAACGGGGACGGGGAAAAAAAGGGGCGGAGAGAAACCUGACGGAGCAGUGAGGUGUCGAUGCUAAUGCUAAUGCUAAUGCUACGUCUCUGAGAGAGUUACUGGAGGAGAUUGAAACUGGAAUCACACAGAUUCUGUGUGCAGCGUUUAAACUGGUUUUAAUGUGGAGCAGGAUUAGUAAACAGGAUCAGAGAGAUGUUGAAGUAGAGCAGAGACAGAAAUACUGACAGACGAAGAGGAACCAGACUGGAAAAAAAGGGUCUAAAAACCAGAUCAAACAGUA